CAGAUGGAGCACCCGAAGGGCUUCUCUGACCAACGGACAAUUGUGUCUGCCAUCCUCAGCGUGCUGUCACUCAACCUCCCCACAGCACCCCUGCUCAGAGACCACUGGCUUCUGGGCACACAGAAGGUGCCCAAGCCCCUGUGCGGGAAGGACCUGGCAACCAAGUGCCUUGAUAUUCCGAUGCCCUCGGAUGGGGAUAGCACCAGCACAUCAUCCCAGGAGGUGGUGCAACAUGGCAGCUGAGAGACUAGGAAUGGCCACCUUUCCCCCCAUACCUUCUGGAGGGGCAUGUGGCUGUCCUGUGAGGAAAUCAUGGAAGAACCAGGUACAAGGUGCCGAAGUUCCAUUGAACUCAAACCACCAACCGAGAGAGAGACCCUGUGGUUAUCGCUGGGAGCCCCGUUCGCGUACAUUGGACUUGAAUUCAUCAGUUUCCUCCUGCUACUCACGGACCUCCUCCUGUUCACUGGGAACACAGGCUUCGGCCUCACACUGACCACCUUGGCCACUGUUUCCUCCAUCUCGUCAGGCCUUCUGGGAAUGGUGGCCCAUGUGAUGUACUCACAAGUCUUCCAGGCAACUGCCAUUGGUCCAGAAGACUGGAGGCCACAUGCUUGGAAUUAUGGCUGGGCCUUCUACCUGGCCUGGGUUUCCCUCAUUUGCUGCCUGCCAUCGGCUGUCACUACCUUCAACAUCCACACCAGGCUGGUGCCGGAGCUCAAGUGCAAGCACAGGAAGAGCUUCAGAGGAAACCCCAGCUGCCUAUCACCCCACCAGCAGCUGUCCUGCCCAGCCCACCCCCGUGGAUCCUGUGACCAGCUACACCAGUCCCCCAGUCAGCCUAUCCAGUCUGUCUCUGACCGGGCUGACUUCUACUCAGAGCCACAGAAGGGAUUUCAGCAAGGCACCAGCCAGGGUCAAAAAGAGUAGGCGGCUGAGUCAUCUGCAGAGAAGAACUGUGUUAGGAGUAAAUGGGUUCGCAGAGCAGGAUGAGCCCGACUUUACAUGUUUGUUUGUUCUCAACAUGGGCUGACACCAAACUCUGUCUCUUGUGCAUGGUUUUUGGAGGUCAUCUUAAAGGUUGUCCAAAGGGGUGUGU